CAAUAAUGCCUCUAGUAAUGAUGUGCGGAUACCCCUGCUCAGGUAAAACAACCUUCACUCAGAAGCUGCAGAAGCAUCUAGAAGCGUCUCACAAGACUGUGGUGGUUAUAAGUGACGACUCAGUAGGGAUAGACAGGAACUCUACUUACCACAGUACCCAGGGUAACGAGAAGGAGCUGAGAGGUGACCUCCGGUCUCAAGUUCAGACACAUAUCUCCAAAGAAACUGUCGUUAUACUGGACUCUCUCAACUAUAUAAAAGGAUUUAGGUACGAAUUGUUUUGUAUCAGUAAGAGCUCCAAGACCCCUCACUGUGUUGUACACACUGACAGAAAGCCUGAAAUAUGUAAUAAAUGGAAUGAAGCUAACUCGCAUUAUAAUCCAGGACUGAUAGAGGAGCUGGUGAUGAGGUUUGAGAAACCUUACCCCGGCCAGAGGUGGGAUAACCCUUGUUUUGUAGUAACUGAGGAGGAAGUGGACGGGGUGGUGAAACUGGUGGCAGAUCACCUUUUCAGUGGUGGAGCACCUCGCCCUAACCAGUCCACCCAAAGUCAAGCCUUAUCUCCUCCUGAUUUCCUCCAUCAGCUAGAUACCAGUACUCAGGAGGUACUGGACGUUAUCAGCUCACAGCAGAGUCUGGGGUCUACUUCUUUCAAAAUACCAGGACUAGAGGACCCUCUGUCAUUUAACCGUAACAUCAACAUAGCUCAACUCCGCCGACUUAAGAGACAGUUCAUCACGUACACUAAGGCUCACCCGCCCAGUGAUAUGACUAAACUGAAAGAAGGCUUUGUACUUUAUUUACAAAGUAUGGUGUGACGUCACGUGAGUUCUG